UGUUCGUGACAGAUGUUUCAACAGACAGAGAGCGCUAUUCGAUUUCUCACCAGCAGUACUGCAUGAUUUCGCGAUGUACGAGUUUCUGCUGUUUUUGUUGGCUUUCUUCUGCAUUCUCCUAUGCAAAACUAUGCUUAUCGAAGCUGUCAAACUCGAAGAUGUACCAGACAAUUAUAAAGGAAUGAAACUAGAGAACGAAGCAGGAAUAAUUACAGAAAAAACCGUAGAAAUAAACCCCUUAUCAGAUUGUGGUUAUGAUACUAGUAUCGUCUCAAGCUCCGAUUCGAAGUGGAAAACUACAACUAUCUACGUUCAAUAUCGGGUGCUAGCAACAUUCAAGAAAGAAAUUGAAAAUGGGCAAAGCAAUGAUUUGUAUUACAGAAUACAUAAAGUAACAUGUGACCUCUUGGAACUCAGCUAUUUUGUGUCAAAGACGAAGUUUGUCAAACUGGUGAUAGAGAAGCGUGACACAUAUAAACAGAAGGCAACUGAUCAAGGUGGCAUACUUGGUCUUCCUUUUUAUGAGAAGGACUGGAUUUGGGCAAUUGUCGGGAAAGAACAACGUAAUGUAUACAAGAAAACGGCAGAAGAGUUCUUCUUAGAACCUAAGGAGUAAAAACUCGGAUGAAUUGUAGCAAACACUAAUAAUAUAGUGUUUAGCAUUGAAUACAAAUACGUAAUAAAAGAUUGCUACCAUGUAACGUUGAUAAUAA